CUCGACACACUUCUUCAAGAACACCCCUCCACCACCCCUGUCCCGGAAGCAGACACAAGCUCUCGCAGUCGACACGCACGCAUGUUGACGCUGCACCCGAGGGUGGUGGUGGCGCGCGCCGCCGAGGACGGCGGCGGCGGCCACGACGAGGGCCGCGCCUGCUACUUCGUCGUGGUGGCCUGCGUCUCGCUGCUGCUCUUCGUCGUGCUGGCCGCCGCGACGGGCAGCGUCGCCAGGGCCUGCGCCAUCACCGCCACGGUCGCGCUCCUGCUCGGGCUCGCCGGCUGGGCCGCGCCCGCGUGGGACGGUGCCCCGGCGGCGGCGGCGGGGCUGCACCAGGCCGGAGUCGGCAGCGCUCCGGUGCGCCUGGUGGCGCACCGCCGCUGCGCGUGCGGCCUGGCGGACGCGGCCGUCGGCGCGCUGCCGGCGUUCGCGUACGAGCCGCCGCCGCCCGCCGCGGCGAAGGGCGGCGACGGCGGCUCCGUGCUGCUGUGCGCGGUGUGCCUGGAGGACGUGCGGGCCGGCGAGGUGGUGCGGCAGCUGCCGGCGUGCCGCCACCUCUUCCACUCCGACUGCGUCGACGCCUGGCUGCGCGCGCACCGGACCUGCCCGCUCUGCCGCUGCGACCUCUCCCCGCGGAGCCUCACCGCCAAGGCCGCCGCAGUGGAGUCCGCGGCCGACGCCCUGCCGCCGGUGUGAGGAGGAAUCCAUCGAUCAGCUCGCCGGAAUCUGGGCGGGGCAUUCGUUCGGCACGCCUACUGUACAUACUCGAUCUCUAACACAGCAUAAAGCAGAUUAGAUUGAUGCAGUGGUAUAGCGAUCACUGUCGCUGAUGUGUAAUUCUCCAUCACUACGAUUUACGACGCACGACCAAUCAAAGAUUCUGAUCUCCAAGGCGCGACGUGCGUCGCCUGAAAAUGUCUGCGAGAAUUCGAGUGGCUCCCCAGCUCUCGCCUGAUGCUUCCGGUCGCGGAAGAUAGGGAGCAUCCAGCCGAUGGAGACCGGUACCGGAUCGUACGGAUCGCGGAGCUCGACUUGCCUGAAAUCCGCCGCUACCGGACAACCCGGUCGAUCACGUCAGCUGCACGGAUGCUGUAUUGCUGUUGCGCCGGCC